AUGGAUGGUAAGAAGAAAGAGGACCAUUCUGCCAUCAAUGAGGUAGUGACCAGAGAAUAUACCAUCAACAUUCACAAGCACAUCCAUGGAGUGGGUUUCAAGAAGCGUGUCCCUUGGGCACUCAAAGAGAUCUGGAAAUUUGCCGUGAAGGAUAAGGGAACACCAGAUGUUCACACUGACACCAGGCUCAGCAAAGCUGUCAGGGACAAAGGAAUAAGAAACGUCCCAUUCAAUAUCCAUGGGCUGUUGUUUAGAAAAAGUAAUGAGGAUGAAAACUCACCAGACAAGCUCUAUACGUUGGUUACUUGA